AUGUAAAACCCUGCAAAAUCGAUGCCACUCUAGAUGAUUGUGCAUUGAAGAAUGGAAGAAUAGCCAUUCCCAAGUUAAUCAAUGGUGACAGGAAAUACAAGAUCCCAAAAUUGGAUCCUUUCCAAUUCAAAAGGUUAGUUAUCGAACAUGGCACAAAACAAAUCGGUCUGAAACUGGAAUUGAUCGACGCGCUCCUGAUAGGAUUGAAACAUAUAAAAUUUACUGCCUCCCGAAUGGACAUGAAGAAAAGGCACAUUGAAUGGGAUCUUCUUGUGCCAAAGGUGGAACUGAUCGGACAGUAUAAGGUUGAUGGCAAAAUUCAUGUUCUACCAAUUGCUGGAAAUGGAAACGGAAGUAUAACACUGAUUAACCCGAAUGCAACUUUCAUUGUUGAUUUCAAUAAAGAGAAGAGAAAUGGCAAGGAUUAUAUCAAAAUUAUGUCACACAGAAUCAAGUUCGACUGUUCAAGAGUGUAUUUCAAGCUCGAUCACCUGUUCAACAGAGAUAAACUUCUUGGUGACAACUUGAACCAGUUCUUGGACGAAAAUUGGCGUGAAGUAUUUAACGAGCUUGAAGAUUCCAUAGCAACUCCCAUUUCCGAAAUAUCCACUGUGAUAAUCAAAAGAAUUGUAAACGAUAUUCCUUUCGAUGAAGCCUUUUUGAAAUGAUAAAUGCAACCUGCAACAAUUCAUUUCACCUACAAAUGUACUGAUAUUCAACGUUCUCCACUCUGAUAAAAAUUAUUAUUUAUUUCAAGAUACAUAACGAAAAGAAAUUUACAAUCUACAUAAGAUUUUCAUCAACUUUUUUAUUUUAAUACUUAAAUGUAUAUUUCAAUCCAUGAAAAUUGAAUCAGUUUAUAUAUUAUUUGGUAUUGACAUAAGACUUGAGACAUAAGAACUGCUUUGGAUUGUUGAUAAAUUUGAAUCUUAAGACUCAGAUUUUUAUGAAUAAACACAAUGAAAAUUGCUGUCAAGUUUCAUGAGGGAAUCUACAAAAAAUAUGAUGUUCAAAUCAAUUAGAUAGGAUAACUCUAGGAUUAAUAGAGGGUCAAACCCAAUUUAAAGAUUAUAGACUUUUCACAUUUUUUUUCACAUAACUUAUGUUUAAUUAUUGAUUAUUUUCUACGACUUCCAGCAAUCUAUUAAUUCAUGGAAUAGAGAUCUCGACCUUUAAAUAUGGCUAAGUUUGAUCUUUGAUUAUAGAUACUUUAACUUAUCAAUAAUCAAAGUUUUGAUAUAGUGAGCACAAAAUAGCAUACGAUAAUAAAAUAUAGGACACAUUCAUGUAGUUGACGGAUUCUAAAGUUCUAUGAUUGGUAUUUCGCAAUAAUUGUUAAUAAGGAUCUGAGAAUGAUUCUAGAUAUAAAACUAUCAUUAUUACUGUAAGGUUUAUCAAACGUUUUAUCUUGAUUAGUUAAGGAAAACUAUUAUCUUUAUCUACCAACUCUGGCUGACGGCUUUGGCCAUGCCUAAUGAAUUUUUGUCAACCAUAGAAUGAAUAAUACUGCAUGUUACUUCAUUGGAUAAAAUGUAAAGUGUUUAUUAUUCGAUGUAAUUGUGUAUUGAGAACAAUAAAAUUCUUUUCUAUUCUAUUCUAUUACUGUAAGGCAGAGAAUAUUGCCUUUCUAAUAAAUUCUACACAAACUCUACCAUCUACUUCCAAGUGUUGUACCUAUUCGGGUUGUAGACUAUUAUUAUGUCUGUUUUACUUUUUGUUUGUCAUUACUUUAUCAAUGGCUUGUGUCCAAUUUCUUAAACUUAGGCUCUUACCUUCUUCAUGCUAUACAUUUUUUUAUAGCUGAAAAUUUUUCACAUCAUGUAGGCCCCAAAAUAUUCCAGUAUAGCCUGGCGGGAUUAAAACGGAAAGUGCAUUACGAUGGAAUAAAUUGAAGCUCACAGAAUAGCUUUUUUAUGAUUAAUCCUCCGGGUAUCCUAACUCAUCAAAAAUGCAACCAAAUGAAUUAUUCCGCUGAUUAAUCUUGGCAUUAUUCCCACUUCAGACUCCGUUUCAUUUCCAGUCGGAUUGAGCAAAGUUGCUUUUGAAAAAAGUUAUCACAUUUUUAUUUCCAGAUGCUCAGCUAACCACUGGUCUCUGCCUCCCUAAUGAUUGUUUCUCUCCUUUAUCGCGGGAUGGUGGCUGGUGGUGAUGGGGUGUGGGGGAACAACAUAUACAAAACCCGGAAUAGUUUGGGGAGUAAUAUUCAAAGAAAAAACUGAGACUGUCGCUGUGGGAAGCAUUUGCUGGUCAUUAAAGCAAUAAACACAAAAAGGGAAAGCGUUAUCUCGCAUACUAUUUUCCCAGAGAGGCUUCUUCAGUUCUAUCAACACGAAAAUUAUA